ACGAGGCGGUCAUCAUUUGCGAGCUUGGGAUCACCAACCUCAUCCGCCACAGCGGCGCGCCGACGAUCCACUCGGCCCCACCGGACAAGCGCCUCCUUCUCUACAUCCUCACCCGGAUCCUUCGCCCCUGGGACAGCAGCCAUACCUCGCUCUUCAACGAGGAUUUGAAGGCGAUUCACACCAUCAUGCAAGGUGCCUCGAUCAAUUGGGCAAAAUUAGUCAUGAUUCACAUCGCCUUCCUCGUCAUGGACCUCAUCGUCUCCGCCAACAUCCACACCUCCGGACCAGAUACGAAGAUGACGGAGACUUGGAUCAUUCAAGAUAGCACCUUCUGGAAGAAGUCCGGAGAUCGAGACAAUGCCGGACCGAGUCGUGCCCGUGCCCGUGCCCGUGCCCCCGCUCCCGCCUGGGCCUCUUUGCAGUCCAUAGCCAACAACGUGAAUCGGCUAACCGUCACGGUGGACGACAUGGGGCAGUACAUGGAGCGGAUGGAUUGGACGCUGCAACGCCAACACCACGACAUGACGGCGUUCUUCCGCGGCAUCAACUACGAACCAAAAGAUCAAAUGGCAUCAAGAAUGUUCAACGCAGGAGUGAACGAGGGACAAUCAACCACGAGGCCACCAUUGUUUGAUGGAACCAACUACUCGUAUUGGAAGGAGAGGAUGAGAAUCUUUAUCCAAUCCAACGACUACAAGCUGUGGUUGAUUGUGAAGAACGGCUGCGGAGUCCCGAUGAAGAAAGUCGGUGAAGUCAAUGUUCCCAAAACCGAAGAAGAGUUCACCGACGAAGAUUGCAAAAAGAUGGAGCUCAACGCCAAGGCAAUAAACAUGAUUUAUUGUGGUGUUAACGCGGAUGACUACCGCAAAAUCUCGCGGUGUGAAACCGCAAAACAAAUGUGGGAGAAAUUAGAGGUCACCUACGAAGGAACCGCGCAGGUUCGGGAGGCCAAAAUUGACCAUCUCACUCACGAGUAUGAACUCUUUUCAAUGAAGGAAAAUGAGAAGAUUGAGGAAAUGUUUGAGAGAUUCUCUAACAUCAUCAAUCCCCUCAAUCUUCUCGGGAAGACAUACACCGACCGAGAGCUCGUGAGAAAGGUGGUUGAAGAGAGGAACAAGAGGUCUAUUGCUCUACCCGCAACAACAUCAACCCACAACAACGUUGAUGAUGAAGAUGAUGACAGCGACGACACCGACCUCGGACUCUUUGUCCGAAAAUUCAAGAAGAUGAUGCUCAAGAAGGGAGCCAAGAAGAACACUCCACCCAAAUGCUAUGGAAGAUUUGGUAAGAAUGUUCAAAAAGGCUUCCAAAGAAAACAAUGAAGUAAAGCAAAAAAUCCUGAUUUUUGAGAAUGAAAUCAAAGAACUCAAAAAUAUAAAUGAUAAACUUAAACAAGAAAUUAUCUCUUUUGAAAAAAGGCCACAAUAACCUUCAACUACUUCUUCUUCUACAUGCUCUAGUUGUACAUCAUUAAAAGCUAAGGUUGCUAGUUUAGAGAGCAAAUUGGGAAAGUUCAAUAAUGCUUCAAACACCUU